AAAAGAACUGUUAACCAACUUGGUCGAAAUUAUUGACGGAAAGUUUCGAAAAGUGAAAUAAUAUUUUAGUUCUUGGUUUUUUUAAAACAACAAAAAAAAAUGCCUUUAUCUAGAAGGGAGAUGAAUGCUAGAGAAGCCAACGAUGGGGAGGAAGAAAUAGAGACUUUAGCAGAACUCAUGUUUCUAUUAACACUUGUAACGUAUUCAGACCUAGCAGAAGCGGAGGGAAAAUUCCGUCGCUUAAUGCAGCGCUAUAGGGGAGACGCCAGUGAUUGGAGCAAACAUUGUACAGCGGGAUACGAGUUUUAUAAUCGUCAAUUCCUCCUACAAAAUGACAAAAUCAGUUUAAUUCUUUUGAUUUUCCCGCCUAGACAAGGCAACUUACUGCACGAUCAUGGAUCUUCGAGCUGCAUUUUCAAAGUCUUGCAGGGCGCGCUCUUUGAGCGUUAUUAUAGACCAGGACCUUUACCAGAACAUUUGCAAAGAAGAGUAGAGAUUACCUAUGCUCAAGGAGAUUUGAAUGCUUCAGCAACGAAUACUCCUCACUGCGUCAGGAAUCUUAGUUCUACUGAGACAGCUGUAUCAGCUGUGCUCUAUUUCCCGCCUCUAACCUCUUGUCACAUCUACACCAACAGUGGUCAACAACAAGAAGUUCAACCAAUAUUUGGUGCGGCAGCCCCAACGGUACACAACCUGCACAGAUUGGAUGGUGAAAAUGAAGAUGACGCAGAAGAAAAUUCGAUAACAUGAACAAGUUUUGGUGUCAGCAGUUGCUAAACUAAGGGGACAGUUACCUGCGAAGUCACUACAUCUCUAUUGGUCCUAUCAGGCAUAACACCGAAAAGCAGUUACUUGCCAGAGAACGAGCUUGGAGCAGCCCUACAAGUCAUGGUCAAUCAGAGUUGAUCUCAGAUAAAUAGUAAAGACACCCGGCCUAUAAGUCAAACACAAGUUGGAUAGAAAAUUGUAUUUGUUCUAAAAAUGAUUUACUGUAUCGGUUGUCGUUCUUGUGUUUACAAGUGCCUCUAACUCGUCCGUACGGAUGUGUUUACGAAAUGUUAGAGAUGUGUGUUGUGUAGUCAUUUAGUGUAUUUAUACCAAGUGGACAUGAUUUUCUAUUCUAUUUUGUUAUAUUCACAAGAGUAUUAUAGCCAGAAGUCUUAAUUAAAUGAAAUUGAAUACACUUACACAAAUCUUGAUUGGAAACUGCUAUUAUUUAGUUUUAGUGUCAUUUUCUUUUAUAUAUUGAGUCUUUCAUGCUUGAUGCAACUAGUCUUAUCAUUUUUGUAGACAUUAGUAGGAAAGGUUUUCUAUUAUUUCACAUCUUGGCACUUUAAAUUUAAAACAUAAGUAAGCAUACUUUAUGCGCAUACUCUCUAACUAUUUUUAAAAUCUGAUUAAGUACAAUAAUUUCUGGUAGACAUUAAGAACUUUCACUGGAUCACCACUUAUGAUGUAUAAUGUAACUUGUUUGGGAUAGUAGCCUGAAUAUUGUUAUGGAAAAUAAAAGUUCCUUCCUGGUGGCUCCGACAUUAUAUUUAAACAAAUUGUUGACUUUUAACUGGAAAAUUUAUUGGGAAUGUAAAUGGUGGUAUGGUAGAUGAAAAUGUGUGGGUUUGUAUAUUUGUGAAUACACAAGUGGUGUUCUUGUGGGAAUAUGGGUAUGUAGGUAAUGGUGCGAUUUUAUGUACGCGGAAUGACAGUUUGUGGGAUAUGUAUGUAUUCUUCAGUAUUACAGUACUAAUAGCUUUUUAAUUGUAAAUGUAUUUGACCUAAUGGAAUUAUUUACAUGAAAUAAAUGUUGGGCUUGUAUUAGGAUGUAUUUGUAUAUGUUCGUGGGUAGUUACCUAAUUCGUUGGACUGUGCCCUCAGAAGUCUUCGACACCUUGUUUUGUAGCCCUGUGGGAUAUGUACAAGAUAAUUGUGUGUAUGUUUGGUAUGUGGGUGCGGUCAUGCAUGGGUUAGUGUGUAAACAUUGGUGUGUAUUUACUUUAUUUAUUCUUGGUUAGUUAUCCUUUAGUUGUUGAUACGCUAAUCCUUGCAUCAUUUGAUCUGUCUCUGAUGGUUUCAAUAUUGAAAUGAAGCGUGGUCGAGAGGCUAAGUGCGCUUGAACUUGGCUUGUCUUGGCUACCUAGAAGGGGGCUCCAGUUGCGUUUACUGAGCGCCUAAAGGCAGAACGGAAAACCAACGGACCAAAGCGCUCUGAGAAAGCUAUAAGCAUGAAAGUAGCGCUAUAUAAAAGCUAUAAUGAUAAUAAUAAUAAUGACCCCUUUAUUAAAUUAACAUGCAAAAUGUCUAUAAAUGUCAAUUAUGUCACCUUGAAAACGCUGAUAACGAGAAGCCUAUAUAUCUGGAAUGUUCAUUAUUUCUUAAAGUUGGAAGCACUGUAAGAGACUUGUUAAAAGCCAACUGUGGCAGCUAUGUCAAUCUAAACUUGUUUUGAAAUAAGUCAUCAAAGUUAAUAAAUAAAAUGAUCUUUCAUUUAAAAAACAUUAAUGAUAUGGUUGUCAUAAAUGAAAAUAAAAAACAUUUAAAAAAAAACUCACAAAUGGUAUGGUCAUACCACAUACAUUCGUUAUGUAAUUUAGUGGUUCCCCUACAGUAGUGGACAGACUAUCAUGUACCGGUAGAGCCUCAUUCUAGAGGGAUACCCCAGACCGUCUAGAACGCAAAUAAGGUGGUAGUCUCAUUGGUGGUAGAGGGGCUAUCCCUUUUCUCGCUUGGGACGCCCUUCUUCCAGAGCCAAUGAUUUCUCGCUGUUCGAAUCCCUUUUCUUCAUAUCUCCACAUAGUGCAGAAAUAUUUGGCGUACCGUCUUCUUAGUCUGGAUCUAGAGGCCUAUCAGCAAACUAGAAUCUUCUAUAGCAUAGCUCUAGAUCCAGUAUUCUAGUAUAAACUUUUGCUGUAGUUUCUUAAGUGUUGCCUUGUCUGGAUCUGUAUUACCAAACUAGAAUUCUAUAUACUCCGAGCAGAUUUAUAUAGGCACCUUCAUUUAUGACUAUGACUUCCCAGUGGUCAGCAGCAAUGGGGAAACGAGCUCAUGUGUCUGUGACUGGUGUAGCCUCUUGUAAUUGUGUAUUCUCACUAUGAUACUUUAUUAGUAUGUAUUUUGGUAUAAAAGAGGGGCAGCUGAUAAAAUUCAAGAGAGAGACUUAGAUACCGGCGUGGGUACAUUGAAUAGUUAAAUCAGUAUAAUCGAAUGGGUUAAGAGAAUGAAUAUAUCGUCGUUAUUAUUGUAAUAGUAUUGUUAUAUCUGUAGACAUUUAUAUUGUGUUUGUGGUUUGUAUUUUUUUCUACAACUUUACACUAAAUGAUGAGUUAUGGAGCUUUUAAAUAUUUGUAACAAAAAAAUAAAGUUCAUUUUGUUCAUUUAAAAA